AAGUACAGCCUAUAAAUACUACCUCUACUUCCAUACCAUAUCAUCACACAGCUCUCAACACUCCCAACAAACACUAAACAUUCUUCAACUUCCAUUCCAAUCCAGUUUUAGCAAUCUUAAUUUCCUAGUCCAAUAUGGGUGUUGUCACUUACGAAUCAGAGAAUGUCCUUGCAAUCCCACCAGCUAAGCUCUUCCAGGCUUACGUCCUUGAUGGUGUCAACUUGUUCCCCAAGGUUAUCCCUCAAAUCAAGAACAUUGAGAUCCUCGAAGGUGAUGGCGGAGCGGGAACUAUCAAGAAGAUCACUUUUGGAGCUGGUGAUCAGGCCACAUAUGUGAAGCACAAGAUUGAAUCAUUAGACAAAGAGACUUUCUCAUACAACUACAGCAUAAUCGAAGGUGAAAUUCUGAGGGGUGCUCUCGACAAAAUCAGUUCGGAGAACAAGAUUGAGGCAUCUUCUGAUGGAGGGUCUGUCUGGAAGACCAUCACCACAUACCACACAAAGGGUGACAUUGUGAUUCCAGAGGAAAAAAUCAAUGAAGCCAAGGGAACAGCCACUGCCAUGUUCAAGGCUGUUGAAGCCUACCUCUUGGCCAAUCCCGAUGCCUAUUAGUUCGUCUUCAAAUCUUCAGAGAACUAAACAUUAGGGAUUUUGUUUCGUGCUUUUGAUUAAAUUUCUUUUGCUAUGCAAGUUGUUUUUAUGGGGACUUCAUUUCAUGAAUGUCAAUAAAUUUUCCUCUGGAAAAUGGAAUUCAAUUAGUGUU